GUUGAUUUUCGUGAUAGGGUUUCACCAUGUUCCCGGAGGUUAUAUCUUAUAACAUCGGCGUUUAGCCUUUUCAAUAUUACUUCAAAAUAAUGUAGAUUGAAUUAUAAUUACAACCAUUGUUUGGUUCUGGGGCUAUUUAGCAAGUAUUUGAAUUCACUGAUGAUGGACUGAUAGGUCCGAAAACGUUCUGAAUUGGACAUAUUUUAUUCAAUCCAUUGGGAUUUUUAAAUUUUUAGUAAAUAUACCUAUUACAUAGAAGUGGUUUUUACUUCAUGUUAGAGUUUUUUAUUAUUAUAUAAGUUAUUUACUAUAUGAAAUAUGAGUCACCUCUCAACGUCCAUCUCAAAACAGAUGCGGCCUGGACUAACUGUAGUAUCGAAGGUGGCGCCGAGUUCUUCGCAAAACCCUCGUCAGGGAUGGAGCUUUAUAAAUCCAGGCACUUGGACCCAAUGGAAUGGCAACCAUCGGAGACUGCAAAAUACAGAGAGCCCUUGCAUUUCGACUUCAACCACCGCGACGAACUUGUCGUGCCUUGCUGAUUCGAACUCCGCCAUAAACCAGAAAAAGAUGAACAAGGACGCCAACAUCCGGGUGGCGGCUCAAGAAAUUGAGCCUCUCCAGAAGGUGAAAGUGGAAGCGCCAGUUCCGGAAGAGGAGGAAGAACCAUUUGACCUCACUUUUAAAAAUAUCAAAACACAAUUGUUUGCUGCAAUUGCUGUAUCAUGGGUUUCUUUAAUCAUAGGAUACUCCACUGCAUAUACAGCACCAGCUGAAUAUUCCCUUCGGAGAGAUUUCGGUUUUAACGACAAUGAGAUAUCUUGGAUUUCAAGUUUUAUGCCUCUUGGUGCUCUACUUGGAGGACUUGGUGGAGGAACUCUUAUUGAAUUCAUUGGCCGUAAAUGGAGCAUCAUGUUAACAAACGUUUGUUUCCUGGUGUCCUGGUUGCUCUGUUACUGCGCUUCAAGCUACCUAUAUCUCUACAUAGGCAGGAUAAUAAUUGGGCUUAGUGUGGGGGUAGCCUCCCUAACGCUUCCUGUGUACACCGCUGAAAGUUUACAACCCGAAGUUCGAGGAUCUCUAGGACUUUUGCCAACUGGUCUGGGUAACUUAGGUGUACUUAUUUGCUUUACUUUGGGAGCAUUCUACGAAUGGCAAGUACUUGCCUUAGUGGGGGCUCUGGUAUCCAUUCCGUUCCUUGUAAUGAUUUGGUUUAUACCAGAAACUCCCAAAUUUCUUCUAGGAAAGGGAAAAUUAGACAAAGCAAAAUCAUCUUUACAAUGGCUUCGUGGAAAAAAUUCAGACAUCGGAAAAGAGUUCACAGAUCUUCAAAGAAUACAGCAGGAAUCUAAUGAGCUUAAUGCAACUCUCUUAGAUCUUUUUUCGAAGAAAAAUAUGAAACUUAUAGUUGUAGCCUUAGGUUUAAUGUUCUUCCAGCAGUUCAGCGGUAUAAACGCUGUUAUUUUCUACACAACAACAAUUUUUGAAUAUGCAGGAUCAAGUCUAGAUAAAAAAUAUUGUACAAUAAUUGUUGGUGUGGUUAACUUUGGAUCAAGUUUUAUUGCCGCGAUGCUAAUCGAUAGGUUAGGUAGAAAAGUUUUGUUAUAUAUUUCAAGUAUAUCCAUGAUAGUGUCGUUAAAUGUACUUGGAAUAUAUUUCUAUUUAAAAGAUGUAGCACACACUGAUAUAUCGGCCAUAGGAUGGUUACCCCUUGUAAGCUUCAUGGUAUAUGUUCUUGGUUUCUCUUUGGGUUACGGCCCCAUUCCUUGGCUGAUGAUGGGAGAGAUUUUCCCAGCUAAAAUAAGAGGCCCUGCGGCAUCUCUUGCUACUGCUUUCAAUUGGACAUGUACUUUUAUAGUAACCAAGACAUUUUUGCUCAUCCGUGACGGUAUAGGCACGCAUUAUACUUUCUGGAUGUAUGGAAUUAUUGUUACAUUAUCAUUAUUCUUCGUAUUCGUUUUUGUGCCAGAGACCAGAGGAAUCAGCUUAGCUGAUAUCGAAAGAAGACUGACUGGAAUUAGAACUACUAGAAGGAUUAGCUCUGUAGCGAAUCUUAAACCAUUACCAAGCACUAUUGGAUAAGCAACUAAAGCUUCUGGUAUUAUACAACUUAAAAAUUAUUGUUUGAGUUUUAUAAUAUGGGUAUGUCAUAUGAACUUAUUUAUUAUAUUGAAUAAAAUAAAUUUAAAUACAAAAAUAUACAAAACUUAAAUAUUUAUGUUAGGUAUAAAUAUGUUAUAGUUUUUAUAUUGUGACCACAGGCUCUAUACCUAUAUUAUUAUGUAUACUUGACCAUUGACCAUCCAUGUAGAACAAAUUGACAGACAUAUCUGAACCGCCAAAGUCAGACUGAUCGAAAACUUUGGUUAUGCGACGUUGUCAGAUCAAUCGAGUUUCAAAGGUUCUUCGGUUUUUUAUUUGUUAUUUUACCUGUUUCAUAAUAAAAUUUCCUUCUGCGUAAAUUUUAAAACAUAGUGUAUAGUUUUACGGGAUUGUGCACUUAGUGUCCUAUUUUUCACGGCACAUAUGAUUAAAUGUAUUCUAAAUAAACAACUAACUGGCCAUGUCACUGAUUUCGUGCACAAUGCAUUUAAAUGGAUGUUUACUAUUUGCACCAACGCGUUCAACUGAAGUCCGUUGAUUUGCUGCCAGCGUUCAUUAGCGGUUUCGCAUAUUUCUGUACAACUGUACCGAUUAUCUGUCAAAGAUCCACGGCCACACUAACGUAUGACGAAUGACUUAUGGCGACUAACAGGGCAAGUAGUUGUAGUAAUAAUUUUUCUGUAGGAGUGACAGGCUCAUCAUUUCUCUUUCCAGAUUGCACACACUAGAAUAUUAGGCUCAGACAAUAAAUUUUAAGUUGUAUUCUAUUAUGUGGUAGAAAAUAUUUGCUGACAGUUGACGUACCUGGUUGCUUGAUCAAAAAUGAAUUUCCAAAAUAGUUCCCUAAUUUUAUAAACUAGUUACAAUUAUUAUUACCAAAUUUCGGUGUUACUAUUUGUAAAAGUAUUAUCAGUGAUGAUAAACUACGUUUAAAUGAGUAGUUUCGAAUUUUGCUGUUUAUUAUUUUCUUUUUCUUUCACCAACAAGAGCAGUAUUUGUGGGUUUAUCUGAUGUUUACUUCACAGAAAUAUAUUAUAGCAACGUAUAAUAUCCACAAUGUGUCAGUAUCUCGAUGUAACUUAGUCGCAUUGCUUUAUGGACAAACAGAUGAUGUAAUGAUGUUCUGAAAAAUGGUACAAAUUAUCCUAUUAGAAAAAAUGUGAGUUUACUAAAACCACCAUAAAUUAAUUACAACAUUAUAACAGAACUAAUUAUAAGGUAUUACAUAUAUAAAUUUACCACAUUAAUGUUGCAUUAGAAACCAAAUAAGCUAUGCCAUGAUAAACCACAGAUUUAAAAACAGUAUACAGAGUGUCAAAACUUACCCUGGUGAUGAAGGUCCCUCUGAUCAGAACUUAUUAGUAGCCAAGUUUGAGUGCGCUCUGAAAAAAAAAAAAAGAAAAAUAAGACAAAAAAUGCACACGAAAUUACUAAAAGAAAACGAUAUAAACAAUACACAACAAGAGCUGAAGAACAUUCUAAAGAAAAAAAUGAUUCUAAAGGUAAAGGAACAGAAGAUUAGGACAAAAUAUGGAGCGACCUAAAAAUAAUAUUGCGGAAAUAAAAAAAAACCUCAAACCAGCAGAAAAACGGCAAAGAAACCUUGUGUGGCCAAAGAAAUACUAGAGAAAGAAGACAAUACAAGCACAAGGACAACAAGAAAUACAAAGAGAUACAUUGGAUGACAGAGAGGUGUGGAACUACAGUUUUUCCAAUAUAGAUAAUUUUAAUCUUACAGUGCGGUACGACUUGGUGAAACGUUAUGUAUUCUACUAUAUGGCAUGUAAGCAUGGACAUUGAAAAUCGGUACAAUACGGAAACUGGAAUGCUUUGAGAUGUGAAUAUUUCGCAGCUUGCUAAAGAUUCCUUGGAGACUUGCUAUAAGUUAAUCUGCACUAUUAUUGCCAUAAGGUAAUAUUUACAAUAUUUUUGGUAUCUGAUCUUACAACAUUCUUUUGAGAGGUUUUCUUCGGUGUCUUAAAAGCUCUGUCUCUUUUAACACUCCAACAGUAAAUAGCCAUCGCGUGUACCUUCUGGUACUUUUCUUCCAUUUUGUUUCCGGAAAAACUAUUUUGUAUUUAAGUCUCGAACAAAUUAUUAUAAAGAAAAGUUAUGGUAUGAGAUCUGCCACGAAGGAUUUGUUUAAGAGAAUUUGUAGUUCAUGAUGACAUUGUUAGGGGUAUAGUGUAUACCUACACCUAAAGACGAACCAACACUUUUUUACUGGAAUCUCUCCUGUCUCAAUUUGGAGAAGAAGAACCUGUUAUUAAAUUUCUACGCAAAAUAAUGAUAUCACGAUAUUGAUGGCAUGCGAGCCAAUCACAUUGUAGAGAAGUUGGCUUUAGAAACCUUUAACACGAAUAUGAAAGAACUAAGCUGCCGGUUAUAACCGGUCAAAAAACCGCUUAUUACAAAAACAUAUUACUUAUAUCACAUUGCACUUUAGUUUGAGAUACUCCAUUCGAAUCGAUAUCGUUAUUAUGGAUAUCGAUACUAUAGAAAGAAUAAUAUGUCGAUAUCAAGAUAAUCAAUCGAUAUAAACGGCGUCGGAGUGUAUUGCGUAGUAGGAUGGGGAAGGAGGAACUGGAGGUUGGAACUAGGCAAUCGGGAUAGAAAACAGAAAUCAGUCAUCAGUGUAGUCAAAUAUGUUUAGGUUUCGAGGCGAAAAAUUUCCCUAUUUUUUCGCUGAACUCAUUAUUUUUUCUAGAGAUAACAUCAGCUUUUUCACCGGUUAUUACUUUAAAAAGAAAUCCGGUUAUAACCGGGACAAAAAACAGAAAACCCGAUUAUUGUGGAGUAAAAAACCGGUUUUAGGUUAUAACCGGUAGGUUUUUCCCACCCCAAUCGAUUACUAGAUAUUGGCGCAUGUCUUCUCAAUGUGAAAUAGCUGAAUCCAAAGUGGAAUAUGUCAACUUUUUCGAUUAAUAUAGCAAUGUGGCUUAUUCACGAACUCAAACUGAUUUUUAUUCAAAAUAUGUAUUUACUACAUAUAUACAGCAAAAACGUAAAUAACUUAAGGGUUAAACACAGACAUUUUUAUAGAUAUUUAUUGAAAGGUAAAGUUAUAUUUAAAUACCAAUUAUACAGGUAUCAUCAACCGUUUAUAUAAAUCGUUUUUUAUCAGGUACUUUCUUGAUUUCAUAAAUAAAUUAAAGCCAGUAGUUUUAGAACUGUUGGAGUUAUUAACGGAAUUUAAAAUAAUAUAAAAGCUUCUUGCCUAGAAGCAUUAGUGAAGUUACAAACAUUCGUGAUAUGGUUACAAAUAUUCAUAACAUUUUGGAAAAUUCUGUGGAUAAAAUGGGUCCGGAUUUAUGAAAUAUGCAAUUUCUAUAAUAUGUAUGUACAAGUCGACAGAAAUAUCUAAAACUGCCAAGGUCUGACCGAUCGAAAACUUUAGUUACGCAACGUUGCCAGAUCAAUCGGGUUUUAAAGGUUUUUCGAUUUUUUAUAUUACCUGUUUCACACUAAAAUUUCCUUCUGCUCCCUCUUGCGUAACUUUUAAAAUAUUGCACACAGGUAAUUUACACAGGUUUUGGAUUACGUAAAUAUGCAAACAUUUAACUGACUAUUAUGUACAAACUAUUGUGUACAGUUCGUAUUAUAUAUGAUUAAAAUGUGUGGUUUUUGUUUUUAAGGGGUGAAAACUACCCUUUUUACCAAAAACUGCAGAUUAAUGCGUUAUUUAAAUCUUAAUCAUGUUAAGUAUGUUAAAUAACGAUUUGUUUGUCAUAUGGGAAUCAAUAGAUAUUCAUAGUUUUAUUUCGCAAGUAUUUUCCACCCAUAUAAACCACCCCCGACAUUAAAAUUAAAAAAAAAAUCGAUCCUUUAAAAUUUUAAGCGGUCUAUUUAUAGCAGAUUAAAUAAUUUAUUUUGCUAAUUUUAAAUUGAUUUUGUGAUAUACUUACGGCAUUUAGUCAAUCGUUAAAAACCACUCUUUACAAAUAUAAUGAUGUAUAAAAACUCGGGUAUUUUCCAUCAGAAUCACUUUUAUUUUUGCUCAUUUUAAAGCUCCCAUUAAAAAAUACUUUUAAAAGCGAAAGACUAAGUUUUCACUCUAAUGGCAUAUAAAACAACGUAAUGCUACUCUAUAUCCCACCAGACUGAAAACAAUGGGAACCUUCUCUGGUUAGACCUCCGAGGCUUCUACAAUUUGCAAGCCAUACGGAUGAUGAGACUAAGGAAGAUGAGGGAAUUUUACAAUUUAUAAUUCACGUCCCAUCUGCUCAGCGCGGUAAAGGUCCAACGAGAAUGGUUCCCUUUGUACUACAAUCAGAGUAAACACUUUUAAAAGCAUUAUGAGCAUUUUUUGAAAAACCUCUUCUUUGGACCUUAUUUGAUGAUAAAUGUUUUGCACGUUAAUUCAAUACACCCUCUUCUUCAUCACCCUACACGUAUAGCCGCAAUAAUAACUAAAAGAAUAUUUGAUUUGUUAUUUUAAAAGGUUUCUUUUUGAUUGUUAUAACUGUUUGGUUAUAAUGUAAUGCUUUACAGUUAUUUUUGAAAAACCACCCAAAACAUGCAUUUUCUAGGUAAGAAAUCAACAAUUUCAAUCCAGAAUAAGUUGGAAAAUAUUAACUUACCAAAAAAAGUCUAUAUUAUAACAUUGUUUGCUAUAAAUUGAAUUCUUUAUCGAUUUCGGGGGUUAUUUAAAGGUUAAAUAUUUUCACUCUGGUGGCACCCCUGGAUUAAAAGCACACAUCGGCACUGUAUAACUUUUUUCUUUAACAUGCGUAUUUGACAUGCGUUUGACAAACGUCCUAUGCGUAUUUCAAAUUUCAUGUCAAUCGAAGCACUUCUUUAAAACACUGAGCAAAAACCGUGACAUAAUGGACUAUAUUAUAAUAUGUUGGUACCUACUCUUUUGUUUUUUUUUAAUAUACUUUGACAAUAAUUAACAUUUUUUCGUAUGUGUCAAGAAUUUCGUAGUUACGAAAGUUAAAUCGAUUUUUUGGGAUAUUUGAGUUGUCAGUUGUCGUUACCCACCCAAAACAUCAACCUAAACAUUGAGUUUUUAGUUGAUCAGUUGAAUGGUUAAUACGAAACCACUGUAAGUUCGUUGAAUACAUUUAUUUAUCUAAAGAACUAGAACUUGUAGAAAAACGAAUGGUAUUUUGGAUUCAUUGUGCCUGAAAUUUUUAAAAGCUGCUAUUUUGUUGUACUGUUAUACGUUGACGUUUUAAAAUUGUUAUGAAUUGAGGGGAUUAGAUGCUAAGAGGUACAAGUGACAAAAUAUUGUAAACUGAGUUAAGUGCACAAAGUAAUACUAUUAAAAAUUUAGUGGAAAAGAGAUACAGGUGAAUUAAACUACUGGUGGCGACAUAUCGCAGGUUCUAGUUUGACUACUUACUAAAUAUUUAAAAACAGUUUGCGGCAAACAGGUAUAACUUCACUUGUAUCCCUAUGCCUGUAAGGUGCUGGAUAUUAUUUUUGGUGAUUUGUUUAGUAUCUUUGCAAAUCAAGCUCUUAAAAGAGUAUUCAAAAUAAGUGAAAUAAUAACACAAAAUGUACCAAGUAAGUUUUCAUAAAUAAAAAUGUUUAAUUUUUGCGUAA